AGACAUGCUUAUGGAGGAGAUACCAAAACUUGGGAAAGAAGCAACACUGAAUGCCAUAAGAGAAUGGGGGCAACCCUUAUCAAGAAUCACACACCUCAUCUUCUACACAACUUCAUGCUUAUGCAACACUCCCGGUCCGGAUUACCAUCUUGCCAAACUUGUUGGCCUCAGCCCAACCGUCAACAGGUUCAUGAUUUUCAACACCGGUUGCCAUGGCGGCGGGACCAUCUUACGCGUUGCCAAGGACAUCGCGGAGAACAACGCCGGAUCGCGAGUGCUCGUCGUGUGGGCAGAGGUUGCUCUGGCUUAUUUUCACGGUCCUAAUUCCAAUGACAUGGAUGUACUUGUAGGGCAGGGCUUAUUUGGAGAUGGUGCAGCUGCUAUCAUCAUUGGUGCAGAUCCUAAUAAUAAUAAUAAUAACCCUAACUGCAUUGAAGUUCCUCUCUUUGAACUUAUCUUUGCUUCACAAACAACCAUACCAAACACCGAGAGCGUACUCCGUGCACGUCCAGAAGAAAUGGGUUUGGUUUAUUAUAUAGGAAAAGAGGUUCCUUCGCUUGUGUCUGAAAACAUAGGGAAGUGUAUAAUUGAAGCGUUUGAUUCCAGUGGCAUGAUGAGAAAUGAUAGAAUGGAUUGGAAUAACUUGUUUCAUGUUAUUCAUCCAGGUGGGCCGGCUGUUUUAGAUAGGAUCGAAAAGAAGCUUGGAUUGAAGGAGGAGAAAUUAAGGGCGUCAAGGAAGGUGUUGAGGCAAUAUGGAAACAUGAUGAGUCUUAGCGUGAUUUUCGUAUUGGAUGAGAUGAGGAAGAGGUCUAAGAUUGAAGGGAAGAGUACAACCGGUGAAGGGUUAGAGUGGGGUGUCUUGGCAGGUUUUGGUCCGGGGAUAUCAUUGGAGAUAAUAGUGCUUCGUAGUAUAUCGAUCUGAAAAUAAGUUAUUUAUAUGCCA